AUGGAAGUGGAACAAUCACAAAUUGUCAGUGAAGAUGUUGCUCAUCCACUUGAACAAGAGCAAGAAGUUCAACAAAUACAAGGAGAAGGGUUGUCAUCAUUGCCACCAAGUGCACUAAUAGAGGUAAGCAAAAGAAAACCCUCUAGAAAACCUUCUACAGUUUGGAAAGAUUUUAAAAGGGUUAAUGAUAAGGCUAUAUGUAAGUAUUGUGGGAAACAAUAUGCUGCAAAUAGUGGUAGUCAUGGCACUACUAACAUGCAUAAACAUUUGAAAGUGUGCCUGAAAAAUCCAAAUAGGGUAGUUGAUAAGAAACAAAAAACUAUAGCUAUUGGAAAAGAAAGUGAGGAUGAUCCUAAUAGUGUUAGCUUGAAACUUGUUGAUUUUAAUCAAGAGAGGAUUAGAUUAACACUUGCAAAGAUGAUAAUCAUUGAUGAGCUCCCUUUUAAAUAUGUUGAAAAUGAAGGAUUUAAUAUGUUCAUGAAAGAGGCUCAACCAAGAUUCAAAAUUCCAUCUCGUGUCACUGUUGCCAGAGAUUGUUUAUGCUUGUACUUCGAUGAGAAAGAAAAAUUGAAAUCUAUGUUGUCUGCUAAUAAACAAAUGGUGUCUCUUACCACUGAUACUUGGACAUCGAUUCAGAAUAUGAAUUAUAUGUGUGUUACAGCUCAUUAUAUUGAUGACGAGUGGAAUUUAAAGAAGAGUAUAUUAAGCUUUGGUAUAAUUGCUGACCAUAAAGGUGAAACUAUAGGGAUAACAUUAGAGAAUUGCAUGAAGGAAUGGGGUAUCAAGUCUAUAUGUUGUGUGACUGUUGAUAAUGCAAGUGCUAACAAUUUGGCAAUUGAUUAUUUAAAUCGAGGCGUGAGUUUUUGGAAUGGUUGUACUUUGUUUAAUGGGGAGUACUUGCAUAUGAGAUGUAUUGCUCACAUAUUAAACUUGAUUAUCAAAGAAGGAAUAAAGGAUAUUGAUGAAUCUGUUAAAAGAAUUAGGGCUGCAUGCAAGUUUGUCAAGGCUUCUCCUAGUAGGUUGGCUACUUUCAAGAAGUGUGCAGAAGCUGUUGGUGUAUGUUCUAAAGCAUUGGUAACACUAGAUGUAGAAACCAGAUGGAACUCUACUUAUUUAAUGUUGAACAUCGCUGAAAAGUAUGAACAUGCAUUUUACCGCUUAGAACAUGCUGAUGUUGCAUUUUUAACUAAUCUCCGUAUUGAGUCGAAAGGAUGUCCUAAUCGAGCUGAUUGGUGUUGCACCCCAAAAUUUGACCAACAUUUAUUUAUCCAUCAAGUGUUUGAAAGUUGA